AUUUUAUGGGUGCACGUUCCAUUGUAGAAGUAUAUUAUACACAGAUAAUAGGUGAGUUCAUAGAAGAUCAUAAUAGCGAUCGAAGAAAGAAUCGCAGAGAAACUAAGAGUGUUAUUCGAUCCAAAAAGGCACAUUUCAGUAAGAAGCUUGACUUUGCGUUGAGAUUCAAUUUUUCCUUUUUCACAUACUCCACCUUUCCCAUUCCGACAAACAUAUUACCAAUUCCUACCGAAUGGCGUCUGCUUGGGCCGACUUUUUAGCCAUAAGGGUAGCCUACUGCGGUAGCAAAGCAAGCCACGAAAGCUAAUAGUUACUAGAAAGGGAGGUGCCAUUAAGGAUGAUAUUGCGGAAUGGUGCUACUUUUCUGCUCCCGUGCAUUGUCUAACAAGACGAGCCAACGUUGUCUGCUUCAUGGACCUUUCUCAAGCAUGGAUGACUCUCUUUCAACCAACCUAAAUGUUUCUAUCAUGGGAUUGAUUUGUGGUGCGGUAUUCGUCAUUGCGCUUUUGCACCUUCUCAAAGCAGUAUCUGGAAAAGACUACUUCUCAAGGGGCGACACAGCUGCCGGAAAACCUGCACAUUCUAGCAACAUGUCUUACAGAAGCUACAGAGAAUCAUUCUUGAAUCAACCCCUCGACGCGCAUCCCUACCCUAAACAAGAUGAAUCCAGUAAAGCAGGUUGUGAUUCUCACCUUAGGGACCGAAAAGGCCCCACUGAUAAUGAUGAUUGUCUGGAGAGCUCUGAUACGUCCAUAGAAUCUUCACAGGAAAGCGAUACCUCUUCCUGGACCACUGGUGAGGAGGAAGAAAGCGAGUCCAUGCGUAUGGAGGAGCUAAAUCUUAAAAUGAUUCUUGUUGUGCAUCAGGGCCCUGGUAAACCACUAGCAAGUGAGGUGGCUAGGCUUGCCGUUACCGCAGCAGUUGGGCUUGUCGAGAAAUUUCUUGUUAGGGAAGACGGCGCUUCACAAGACGCGGCGCCCGUCAUGGAUGAGUGGCUGUUGUGGUACAAGUGGUGGAAUCGGCUCGGCUGUGGUAAGAUCGUGGUUAAGUGCCCUCAGAGAGAUGUGCUUGACGGUGUUCUCUCAGCGGCGGAGGCGGACGGCCUGCCCUUCUACGUCACCUGGCAGCAAGCGCCUUCACAGCUUCCUUCUCGCCAGGGACACCGCACAUGUGGUGGGUGUGCAGCGACUGCUACGGUGAAUAACCUCAAGAAAGCACCAGAGAUGGGUGAGGUUGGUGAGGGAGUAGUGGUGGUCGCUCUAGGUCCGUCACCCUCGAGUCGCCUCAGUCCUAUUACGGGUCAUUUAAAGUUAUAUUAG